AUGCAUUCGCCCUCCCUCUACGAUGCACUUGGCGUGCCCGCCACCGCCAGCCUCAGCGAGAUCCGGGCCGCCUACAAGGCUCUGGCCUUCAAGUGCCACCCGGACAUCAACCCCUCCGCGGGGAAGGCCGGGCACCGCGAGUUUGUGGCGGCCACGGAGGCCUUCCAGAUCCUGAGGGACGGGGCCAAGCGCGCGGAGUACGAUCGCGUGCUCGCCUUCCAGCGGGCGACGGAGGCGCUGCAGGCAGGGAAGCCCUGGGACGCGUCCCACGGAGCGGGCCCCACCCCCUGGGGCUGGGAGGGGCCGCCCCGGCCUGCGGGUCGGGCCGCUCAGCGCGAACCCCUGGACGACACGCACGGCGGCGUGGCGCGCCAGGACGUGGCGGUUGCGGUGGCCUUCCUGGCGGGGAGCGUCGCGCUGGCGGUGCAGUGGAAGGCGUACCUGGCCGCGCCAGGGGAGCGCACCCCCUGA